AUGGAGACCGUCAAGAACACCGUCAACUACGUCACCGAGUCCAUUCAGGGCGCCGGAGCCACCGCCUCCAAGGAGGUCAACAAGGAAGUCGCCAAGGACAACAACGCCGACCUCUCCACCCGUGCCACCGCUGCCAAGGACGCUCUCUUCGACAAGAAGGACGAGAAGGUCCAUGAUACUCAGGCCGAUGUCUACAAGGAGGCCGCUAAGCACUAA